UCACGACAUACACUCUAUAGUGGGGGUUAUAACUGUUAUGAUCGUCGUAACCUUUUCAAGUCGGUAAAUAUAUCAGCUGUAUCCUCCUUUGAGUAAAUAGCUUUAUGAGAGUGGGCUACUGGUUGCUACGUAAGGGUGAAUCGAUAGUAGUAGGCAGUGAUCGUUGAAUGAUAUCGGACAGCAACUGUCUGCUACUGUGAAACGCACGGAGCAGAUUUUAGUUGCGAAGGCGUUGCGCCAGGGUAGGCUUUAAGGGCAGUUGCAGAAGACACGGGAACGGAUCAUUGUUGACUCGAAUUCGGUUGGAUACAUCGCCUGCUGCGUUUAUUGUCGUUUUGAAAGCAAAAGAAAGGCGACAACAUGGAUGAACCGGAGUCGAAAAGUGGAUAUUUCAUCCGUAAGAGUCAAAUGGUGGCUGCCGUUGUUUUGGCAGCAUGUCUUUGCCUCAUGGUCGGGUUGAUGUGCGGUCUUUUGCCCCAGGCUGAGAUCUGCGAGGCGCCUCCGGUCGAAGGGGUGGUCGAUGAUGCGGAGAUCGCUGGUGACGUACCCAAACACGAUGCCGGACCCGGCGUGACCAAUGAUGAAGAGUGGCACGAAUUACGACUACCGACCUCCGUCAAGCCAACUCACUAUCAUCUACUACUUCAUCCUAAUCUGACCACGAAUUACUUCACCGGUGAAGUCACGAUCGAUAUUACAGUCACCGCCAAUACAAUGUACCCUCGCCUCCACAUCAAAGCCAUGGACAUCGCAAAUGAAACUGUUAAGAUCACAGACAUGAAUGAUAAUGAGCAAGCCAUAAAGCGGGUCUUUACAUACGAGCCAAACGAGUUUUUGAUCAUGGAAAUGGAAACUCCACUCGUACCAGGUGACUAUCAUCUAUACAUCGAAUUCGGUGGAUGGUUGAAUCAAACGAUCGUCGGAUUCUACAAGAGUGUGUACGUGGAUGCACAGGGCAACGACAGAGCUAUUGCCACCAGUAAAUUCCAACCGACAGACGCCCGCAGAGCUUUCCCAUGUUUCGAUGAGCCAGCUUUUAAGGCUAACUACACGACAUCGCUGGUUCACCCUGAAGACUACAUCGCCCUCUCAAAUAUGGAUGUCAAGGUGACCGAAAAUUAUGAAAACGGAUUGGAGGUAACGCAUUUUAACCCCUCUGUUCCCAUGAGUACCUACUUGGCCUGUUUCAUCGUGUGUCAAUUCGAAUACAAGGAAAUGAACACUUCGAGCAACAUACCGUUCCGUGUGUAUGCCCCGAAGGACGUCAUCGACCAAGUGGACUAUUCCUUGAUGAUCGGUGUCAAUAUUACAGACUUUUAUGAAGAAUACUUUGAUCUCGGCUACCCACUGCCUAAACUUGACAUGAUAGCGAUUCCCGACUUCGUUAGCGGCGCCAUGGAACACUGGGGCCUCAUCACCUACCGCGAAACAAACCUUCUGUAUGAUGAGCAAGGAUCGUCGGAAGGCAAUAAAGAACGAGUGGCUGCCGUGGUAGCUCACGAGCUAGCCCACAUGUGGUUUGGUAAUAUCGUUACAUGCGAUUGGUGGGAUGAUCUUUGGCUUAAUGAAGGUUUUGCUAGCUAUAUGGAAUACCCCGGAGUUAACAGUGUAGAGCCAGAAUGGAAAAUGUUGCAAGGUUUCGUGACCACAGACCUCCAUUACGUCAUGGGACUUGAUCAGAUUGUAUCUUCUCAUCCUAUCAUUGUCGAAGUCAAUCAUCCGGACGAGAUUAAUGAAAUAUUUGAUUCGAUUCCAUACAGCAAGGGUGCCUCUGUUAUACGUAUGCUCAACAACUUCUUAGGAGAAUCUGUCUUCAGAGCUGGAGUUUCGGAAUUCUUGAAAUUCUAUCAGUACGGAACAGCAGUUACCGACAACCUGUGGGAUAAAUUAUCAGAGGCAGCUGCAGCUGAUGGAACUAUUAUUGAUGUGAAGAGGGUGAUGGAUACGUGGACUCUCCAGAUGGGGUUCCCCGUGGUUACCAUGGAGAAGGUGGAGGUUGGGGGAGAUUAUUUCCUCAAAGGGACACAGGAUUGGUUCUUGGUGGAUCCUAACGCAAACAAGAGUGCUGACCUUUACGGAAGUCCUUACGGUGACUACAUUUGGGAGAUUCCUUUUCACUUCCGGUUUAAGAAUGACCUGGGCGAUGAGAAACGGGAAUGGAUAUGGCGAAACAAUAGCGAAUUUAUGACACCUUGGAUCGGGGAAGUGGGCGACUUCUACGUGGCAAAUACAUUUCGAAUGGGCUAUUAUCGUGUUAACUACGAUCCAGAUACGUGGAACGCGCUAGGGGAACAGCUCCAGCUCAAAUUUGAUGAUAUUGAUGAGACUGAACGCGCCGGGAUCAUCGAUGACGCUUUCAAUUUAGCACGAGCCAGUCAGGUGGACUACAGCGUAGCUCUAAAUAUGACGAAAUAUCUGACGUUAGAGACGGAGUAUGUACCGUGGGAUACAGCAAGGGAUAGCUUGCUGUGGCUCGGUGAAAUCAUGAGAUUCCAAUCCGGUUAUGGUCUUUACAGAAGAUAUAUUCAAGAUUUAACAGACGCUAAAUACACCGAGCUUGGUUGGAGGGAUGACGGUACCCAUCUUGAAAAGUAUCUAAGGUCUAACAUCAUUGAUCUCGCGUGUCGUCAUGGUAACACAGUGUGUUUGGACGAAGCAGUGCGGAUUUUCUACGAAUACCUGAAUGGAUCGACCGUUUCUCCCGACCUGAUGUCCGAUAUGUUCCAGUUUGGCAUGGAGAAGGUCGGCGGACAGGAAGAGUGGAAGGUACUCUUUGAGAACUACCAGAAGUCCGACGUCUCGCAGGAGAGAACCCGACUUCUUUACGGGAUGGCACAGACAAGAAUCCCAUGGAUCCUUGCCGACUACCUGGACAUGCUGCUGGUAGACAACAGCCCGAUCAGAUCUCAAGAUUUCUUUAGUGUCGUUGGCUACGUAGGAGAUAAUCCUGUCGGGAAUCCAAUCGCAUGGGACUGGGCCAGAGUAAGGUGGCCUGAAAUUGUGGCAAAGUUUGGCAUUGGAUCUCGUUCCCUUGGACGUAUGAUGCCUGGUCUGACUGAAUUCUAUUCCACAGAACUUUCUCUCCAAGAGAUGAAGGACUUUUUUGAAGAAUAUCCCGAGGGCGGGGCUGGCUCCCGAGGUAGACAACAGGCCCUGGAACGUGUACAAGGAAACAUCAACUGGGUUGAAACAAAUGCUGAUGUAGUGCACCAAUGGCUCCAAGAGAACAGAAUCUCCUCAUAAUAACAAUAACAUUGAAAUGAUUAUAAAAAUUGAUUAUUAAGCCAGAUUGGAAUAAUAAAUGCAACAUUUCGUUCUAUCAUCCUACGAAUUUUCAAUUAGUUCUUGGCAAUGAUUUCAUUUGAAGAUUUGAAAUAAUCGAAAUUAUCAAUGAAUACAAUGAUAAUUACAAAUGGGAGCUAAUUCCUCCGGCAGUCAAGCGAUAAAGCAUAUGUGCAUUUACUUGUGCUAAAUGGGGCUUUGAGUAGUGAGAUUGAUUUUUUUUAAAUGUUUUUUUAGCGGCCCGAACAACCUGCUAAUAAAAUUCCUCUGUAACCUCAUUUUGCAACAGAAAAUACAUUUUGAUCAAUUGAAGUUUAGAAAUUAAAGUUUAUUAUAGUUCCAAUAAAUUUCAAAAAUUUUAACUUCACAGAUAUAAAAAUGACAGUGAAUAUCAAAAUUGUUUACGAUAUGGUGUAAUAAUAACAGGGUUUUAAGAAAUAUGCAUUUCAAAUAUUAUAAAGGGAGUAUCACACUUAACACUUAUGAUAAUAUUUACAUACGUGCAAACUUAGAUAAUACAUUGGAAUGUGGAAUGAGUUAAUAAAAUAUAAUACACUCAUGACAGACAGUUUGAUAUUUACCGACACAAGAGAUUAAAUUCGUCAUUAUCUUCCUUUUGUUUUUGUUAUAUCGGGCAAAUAUCAAGAGAUUUAUUUUGUUCUUCCGAGGUAACAAAAUUUUUAAUAGGAAUGCACAAAAUUGUGAAUACAUUUGUAUAGCUGUUCUAUGUUGAUAUUUGUAAAGUUGUCACUUUUUUGUGCUGUCCAUGUAAUCGUACAGAUUGUAGUUCCCAUAUGUUAUCUGUCAUUCAACGAUAACUAUAGUUCAUGAAUAACGAUGGUAUCUAGAUAAUUUUGACUGAAUAUUUCAGGAAGAAAUUGCAUGUCAAAGAAAAAAUAUGCUACGAUUACAAAAGAUUUCUUCUUUUUAAGAUUAACAGUUUUUCAGGUUUUAUGUGUUUUUAAUUUGUCUGAAGAUCUGUCUCGAAGUGCCUGAAUUCAGACGUCAUACAUUCGUCUAUAAUUGUAUUUUACACCAAAGAAAUGUGAUUAACAGAGUAAAGAUAUUCAGUGAUUUGCCACCCCAGAAAUAUGGUAAUAAACGGAGAAAGCUAUUUAAAAUCA